ACCGUUUUGACAUAACACAAUGUGUGCGUUCGGGUUUUUAAUAAACAAAUAGAACAUUUUAGAGAAAUGAUACAGGAAAGUGCAAAUGUUGGCGAUUUAUUUGAUUAUUUAGACGCGAAAUACUGUUGGCACUGAUAUAGAACGGGAAUGAAUGAAUCAAUAUAAAAAUGAUUGAAUUAAAAUCCAGAUUUGCAUAUCUUUUACUGAUGAUUAAUGGUGUUUUUGCGCUCCGUCGAGGUCCACAUCAUCCGCCGGGGCAGACGCCGGUGGAACGUCCUCACCAUCAUUACAAACCAAUGGGGACAGGUUCCUUUACUGGCGACUCGCAGCUGCUGCAUGACGCUAAGCAUUUAGAGGAGGACUCAAAGGUAUUGACACCGGCGAUGUUGGCUAGUAUGACACCCGAAGAAUUGGAGUUUCAUUAUUUUUCAAUUCAUGAUUUUGACAGAAAUACGAAAUUGGACGGCUCGGAAAUGUUAAAAGCUGUCUAUCACACUUUAGACCAUGAAAGUCCGAAUCCAGAUGACGAUUCUUCAAUAGAACCGGAGGCAAACGAUUUAGACUCAUUUAUUGUGCUGGUGGACCGAACCUUACAAUUUGAUGACACAGACGGCGACGGUUAUGUCUCGUAUCCUGAAUACCGUGCGGCCAGAGCCAGGAAUCCUUCAAAGAAAGCAUCAAGAAUACUCGAUAACAGAGCACAGGAUAGUAGUAAAUAGGACUAUUUUAAUUUAUCGUGCGAUACCUGAAACUCGAGACCUAAAGCAGGAUUUCGCUCUGAAGUGCUUACCACCAGUCUGAAUUCCGUAGAAAAUGUCCCCUGUGCUAAUCUCGGCAAGUGACUCGUAGAAUUCAAGCAUUAUUUACGUUGAAAAUAAUUUGGGGCCAAAAUUAUUUGAGAUAAAUUAAUCGUUAAAAUUAUAAGUAAUUAUUUUUGGUAGUUUUUCUUGAAAUGUGUGUGUGUGUGUUAAUUCCUAAAUUACUAUAUCGACAAACAAAUUUGUAAUAUAUUCGAAAACAACUAUUAUAUUUAAAGGUAUGAUGCUUCUUAAUUGUUUUGUUUAUUUCCAAACUAUUUUAUUAGCUUGGCCUCACUAUGCAACAGAGUCUUUCGACGUAGUUUUCGGGAAGUCCGAGUAACUUGAAAAUUUCACACACGUAUCAAAGACCCAUGGCCGUACAAUUUUUAAUUUGACCUAAUGUUCCAACCAUGAUCGCAAGUUGAAAGAAAUUUAAAUUUAAAUUUCACUUCGGUUUUGUUGUUCUUAAAUUAGUUUUGUACUUUAGUGUUUAAAGUAAAUCGUAAUAGGUACGUAAAUAUUUUUUUCCUUUAUAAUUUCAUUCUGUUCGGCAGCUGUGGUUGUGUUAUUUACUUUGUAUUAAGUGAGACAGGAACUUAAAAAUUUCUCAAUGUCAAAACUACAGCAGAGUGAUCUUGCUGAUGAAAUAAUUAUCUAGCUCAGUAAAUGUUUGGUUAAACAUUAUUGGACUGAGUGAAUUGAUCUUUGUCGCGCGAGCAUUUAUUAAAUUAAUAAAUUAACGCGUCUGAUAAUAAAUACAUUUUUUAAUCAUUUUGAAUUCAACAACCUUAUGAUUUUUUCCUGGGUUAUGGUUGACGAAAAUACUUUUGAGACCGGAACACAUGUAUAUUCGCAAGUAAUCUGUAAUUAUUUGUUUAAUAAUUACAUAAGUUUACGCUACAAUGUAUAUUUUACAGUUCAAACAGAUCUUUUUUAAUCAGAGAACGAAUAGAAAAUGUUAAAACAAAAUUGUAUAAAAUAUAAUUAAAAACAAAAACAGCAAAAGUAAAUCAACGUUCAUUGAUUUAAGGACAGAGCUAUUUUUUUCUCGAAUUAAAUAAAUUAUGUUGGUGUUUGGUUAUAA